CCAGUUUGAAAAAUUAGAGGCAUACUUUACGGACUAAGUGGAAAUACCUCUAAUUUGAAUACAAGCAAUUUAAUCCGACAGUAAUAUUGUAAAUUUUUGUUGAAUAGGCAAAUUCGAAAAAAGGUCGGUUAUGCAUUUAUUUAGUUAUUUUUAGCUUGAUUUACUUGUCUCAGUAGUUUCAAUUUGUUCGGAAUAAGAUAAAUAGUGGUUGGUGUCUCAGUCAUUUUUGUGUUCUAGAGAAUUAGAGUUGAGGAAUUUAACAUUUGCAACAAUGUUUUCCAUGCUCCGGAAAAAGUGAAUAUUGGAGAUUUUUCAGCGCGAGUCUGAUUCUGGAGGGUUUUUAGCAAAACUAAAUUGACAGAGAUACACGUGUGACGAAGAAAUCAAGCAAGGAGCUGCAUUAUAAAAUGCCCAACUCAAAUAUGUCCAGUCCUGGUACUCCUCGUCCGAUGAAUUUGAUCGUCACGUCUCCCCCACAACUCCAACUUCCUGGCCCAUCAUCCUCCUCCAGCUCGUCUUCCUCGUCGUCAUCAUCAUGCCGUCCUUCUCAGUCGUGCUUCUCAGAACCUGCCGAGCUCCAAGUCUCCGUCCCCAAGGAGGCGGUUGACCACCUCCUCAAGAGCGGGGAGGCAUGGGUGGUCACGGAAUCCGAGAAGAAGACCAGGUCCGACGUGUGGAAAUACUUUGGUCGGGUGCAACUGGCUGAUGGUCGAUUCUGUCGGGACGUCGUUGCCUGCAUGGGCUGCCUGAUGGUGUACAUGUACAGGUCAAAAUCUCAAGGAACUUCGACCCUUCGUCACCACAAGUGUGAGUAUGUGUUCCAAGUCCUUCAAACGGAGUUGCAAAUGAUGAGGACCACUUCAGGAUUCGUGACGGGGGGAAUCGUCAGCAUUGCCGAUCAUCAUCCCGAUCAAGACGGAAAUGGGAGGGUGGUCGCACUGGCGAAGAAGAGGGCGACAAAAGUGCAAGACGGUGGAAGUGGUGGAGGGACAACGCCCGACGGGAGACGCGAAAUGACACCGGAGGCGGAUAACAUGGACAGAAAGCCCGUCAUGCCAACCCCACCCCCGCUUAAAGAACACCUCAUGAGCUCGCCCCCACCGCAACAUCACCCUCCCGGUCAUAUGCCUCAGCUAAGUGGUAGCGGAGGACGUGGUGGAAUUCACAAUCAUCUCGGCACCCCACCCCCGCCUGUCUCCUCCUCAUCUUCGCAACACCACCAGAACCAUCACAACCACCAUCCAUCUUCCCUGGGAGGAGGAGGGGGUGGUGGUGGGAGUAACGGCGGAGGACGUUCAUCCACACCCAUCAAUAAUCACUCACACUCUUCCGCGUCCUCUGCAUCUCCACCACAGCAACUCCUCUGCGUCCGAUGGGGCAAUUUCGACUCCAACAUCGUCUCAAUGUUCACCAAGCUCCGGACGGCCGAACACUUCGUGGAUGCCACACUUUGGUGUGAGGGGAAGACGAUUAAAUGUCACAAAAUGAUAUUGUCGGCGUGCUCCACCUACUUUGAGAAGCUCCUCACCGAGAACCCCAACCCACAUCCCAUCAUCUUCCUGAAAGAUAUGCGCUUUUGGGAAAUCACUGCACUUGUCGAGUUUAUGUACAAGGGGGAGGUGAGCAUUCAUCAGGAGAAGCUGCAGAGUUUGCUACGAGCAGCCGAGUCGUUACAGAUCAAAGGAUUGGGAUCUCCAUCGGCCAAUGAUGGACCGGGUGGAAUUGGAAAUGCAACGGAACCGAUGGACCGCUCCCGUCACCACUCUGGCGUUGACGCAGACGACUCGAUGGACAUGUCCACGACGACCGCCACACCAAACAACAAUUCGUCCUUAGCGACCAGUCAUCUCCAAUCAAACCCUUUCUCUAAUCAAAUUCUCAAUUCGUUCAGCACAUCACGUGGCUCCCCCUCCCUCCUCCACAUGAACAUGGGCAUGGACCUGUCGUCUCGCUCUUCCACCGGGGACCACCCGUCCCCCCUUUCACUCUCCCUCUCUUCCAAUAACAACAACAACAAUAACACCUCCAACCCAGCUAAGAGGAGGAAGAAGGAAAACCCACGCCGACUCGACAUUCUCCCCACACGCACAUCCAUGCCAAUCCCGGUCUUCAAUUCGACCAUCAUGUCCAUGCCCGUCGACCAUCAUCACCAACAUCACCACAAUGACGACGAGUAUGACGCCGAGCCACCAUCGGAUGAUGAGAUGACCAUCCAUGAGAAUGAUGGACCGCCCCAUCCGCAGCAGCAGCAACAACAACGUCCUCAUAUCAUCGAGAACUUUAAACAAGAACCAGACUCGCUUUUGCAACACCACCAACACAUCGGGAAACUGGGGGGAUUGCCGCAACAUCAACAUCCUUCGUCCUAUGAGGAGGACGAGGAUGAGGGUGACGGACAAGAAAAUUACGGCGAUCAUCAUCAGGACGGUGGCGUUGGUGCUGGUGGGUUACAGAUGGAUGAAACCAAAUCUGAUUCGGAAGGUGAGGCCGACGGUGAAGAACCAUCACCUGAGGACGAGGAGAAUUCGACCAUUGACCACCAACAAAUACAAUCACAACAGGGUUACGAUGAAGAAACGGAUGAAUCUGGUGCAUUAUCUUUACGCGUCGCCUCGGCUGCAGAGCGAGAACGGCUCGAGAGGGAACAACGGUCCAGGAAAGGAAAUCCCAUCAAGAAAAUCCUCGUGGGCAACAUUAACAAUAAUAAUAACAACAAUAAUAACGAGAGUGGAUCAAUCUUUCACAGUCCCACGUCUGCAGCAGAGUAAUUAAUAUGACUAUGUAUCAAAACAAACCACAUUUAAAUAAUGACUUCAAAAUCCUUAGUAGUAAUGUAUUUGUUAUUAUCGAUAAGCAAUCAAUAAGUUUUAACACUUUGUAAAAAUAGAAAAUUGGGUAGUUAAGAUUCCACAUUUAUGACGAAGAUGCGAAACCAAAACAUUCUCUUACUGCUCCAUUCCAUAAACAAUAAUGUACAGGACAUUGACAUGGCUGCAUAACAAUUCGUAAGAUGAAGAUAUGCAUCCAUGUAAUGUCGUAAGAUUAAGAUACCGAUGAAAAUGUAUGUAUAUAAGUUUGACGUAUAAUAAGUAUGACAAUAAUUACUCGUCCCGUCCGUUUUUACACACUUUUCUAUCACCACACACGUACCAUUCCCCACAAUCAUUACUUGAUAUUUAGAGGAUUUUCCAUGUAAAUAGUAAUUCAGGGAUCAAAAAUUGGGAAUCAUCCAUUCCAACAUCUAUUCCAAUAGCUAUACAAUAUGUACAAAGGGACGUUUUCCAUAUUUUCCCGUCACAUUGUGUAAUUUUGAAACGAUAUUCUAUACUUUUCUGUUUAAAGUAGACAAAAUACAAGCCUUAUCGUGCUGUUGUGCCUUGAUAAGCAGGUUGAUAAUGUAAAAGCGGUAAUAAUGAGGACAAGAAUAUGUGCUUAUUUGUAAUGUAACCUAACGAAUAAUGACUUUGUUGUCUCGACGAGUAGAAUGAGUACCCUUAGUUGCUUUAGUUAGUUCGUCGACGGCUUAAUUAGCCUUUGUUUUUUUUGUACAUAAACUUAAUAAGAAAUGUCGUCAUCGGCCGCAUAAUAAUAAUCACGUAAUAAUAUUUGGAGUAGAAAAUGAUAUUUUUCUAAAAGAAACCCGUCUUGCACUCACUUUAAUUGAAGUUAGAUAAUUUUAUCCGACAAGAUUUUUUUUUGCUAUUUUGUACGUUUCAACACACACACGCAGUAAUCUUCUCACCGAUUGUCACUGUAGAUACAACAUAUGAAUCGUAAUACAUAAUAAUACGUUUAAGUAGAGUUCAGUUAUUCAUUAAAUAAAUACAUAAUAUAUUAAUGCUAAAUAUAUAAAAAGGUUUAUGAAACCCUUCAAGAUAUUAUUAACAAAUGUGCUAGUUUUUUUUUGUCGAGAUUACACUUUUUCUACUAUCUUGUUCUUUAAAAAAUUCUUCAUGUAAAAUUAUCAUAAUAAAUCAUCGACAUUAGUGAGCAGCAAAAUACCUCGUCAACGUAUUUAGUUAAUGUUUUAAAAUUAUAUUUUACGUUAUGUUGCUCACACGAACAGGCUACUUUAAUAACCCUUUUGAGCAAGUAACAAGUACUCUUGAAACACUUUAAAAAAUUGAGUAUCAUGUAAUUUUAUGUUUUGUUUUGUGUUGUUGCCUAAAAUUCAUGCUAACUUUGUCCGUGUUCGUUCGUAAAGGUUUGGUUUGUGUUGUGCUCUUUAUAUAAUAAUAAUAUAUAUUUUUGAAGUAGGUCGUCUUUUACUGGUCCAAGAACCAAAUAUCUUAAACCCAUGGAAGAAAUGAUUAGAGGAUCGCGGUGAUUCUUAAAAUACUAAAUAAAUCCAUAGUUUUACUUUAUAUUGAAUAUUAUAUGGUUAUAUAUACAUGAAUAAUAACGUGUUUAAUAAAUUUCAAUCAUUAUUGAUGCGUAAA